CGGCGUUAUCUCCCAUGGCAUUAUCACGUGCCCGCGCGCUACUCUUACGCGUAGACGCGAGACGCGAUUUCUCUGGCGAAUAAACGCCGCCAAGGUGAUUUAUUACAUAUCAUUCUGGGUGCUUCUCCGUUCGAGCAUUGCUGCUUUGUUCUAUAGGACAAUACUGUGCUUUCUCGCGGUCCCAUUACGUCCACCCGAAUUUAAGCUCUUAUAAACGCAUCUGCAGCAUCCUCUUCUACUUAUACCGCUGUAAUGCUGUUAUAUUAUCCAAGGGAAAUCAUGAGAAGAUUGUCUCGUCCGAACAAUUGAACAACCGAAUAUUGAAACUCAAGCUGGGAUUAUGGCACCUAUGGACCAUGCACCAAAAAGACGGAAGACGAAUGGCCACAGGAAAUCAAGAACCAUCGACAUUGAUUUUACGCUGAGACGUCUUUUCGGCAAAUCAACAUUUAGGCCUCUCCAGCGAGAGGUUAUUAGCGCAGCCCUUGAGGGUCAUGACAUUUUCCUGCAGGCCGCGACCUCUUUUGGCAAAAGUCUAUGUUACCAACUCCCAGCUGUGGUUGACUACGGAAUCACAAUUGUGGUCUCACCUCUUCUGGCAUUGAUGAAUAACCAAGUCACAUCGCUUCAGGCUGCGGGGAUCAGUGUUGCAACCAUCAACAGCAGCACCCCGUCUUCUAUCCGACAAGCUAUUUUGGAGGAUCUUCGUUGUGGUCAUCCACAUACUCGCCUCCUCUACGUUACGCCUGAAUUCUGCAUGACAACCACCUUUCGAAAGAACCUUCAAACGAUACACGAACAGAGAGAACUUUCAAGAAUUGCUGUUGACGAAGCGCACUGUAUUUCUGAAUGGGGCCAUGACUUUCGACCAUCUUUUAAAGAACUUAAUUAUUUCAAAAGGGAAUUUCCAGACGUACCAAUAAUAUGCGUGACAGCAACAGCUACGCAGCGGGUGCGGGAUGAUAUAAUAGACACACUCGGCCUUAACCGAUCCAGCCUUAAGACCUUUACCAUGACAACCAGCCGACCAAAUAUUCAUUAUGAAGUCCGUUUCAAGAAUGACACAGAUGAUCAUUACGAAAAUUUUGUCCGUUGGCUCCGCGCUGUCUAUGCUCGGCGGGCUUUGUCGGAACGACGGACUGAGCUCGAGGCACAGAGCACCCGCUUGAGCAAUGUCAGUGGUAUCAUAUAUGUUCUGUAUCGCAAAGAUUGCGAGUCCCUUGCGGGUCGGCUAGUUGGUGAUGGGAUCGGAGCCAAACCCUAUCAUGCUGGGCUUACAGCCGCAGAAAAGGAAGACCAUCUCCAAGGUUGGGUGGCUAACCAGGAAGGGUAUGAUAUCAUGGUUGCUACCACAGCUUUCGGAAUGGGUAUCGACAAGGAAGAUGUCCGAUUUGUUGUCCACUGGCAGAUGCCCAAGAGUUUCGAGGGCUACUAUCAAGAGGCUGGGCGGGCGGGCCGGGAUCAGAAGGCGUCUGUCGCAAUUAUGUAUUAUGCUCGGGAGGAUCGUGAUCGUAUCAUUCUUCUCCAGCAACGCGAUGCUGGAAAGUCCAGUAAUGGUCGCUCUGCUGCCAGUGAACAAGCAGUAGCAGCCAGGAACCUCUCACUAAAUUCGCUCAUAAGUUAUUGUGAAACGACCACGAAAUGCCGUCACGCUCUUAUUGCAUCGUAUUUUCAUGACCCUGAGACACCGCCAUGCAAAUAUGCAUGUGAUUGGCACAAGGACCCCGCCGGUCUCUUUGCUGCCAAAGAACGAGAUCUUUGUCCGGAGGAGUGGUCUGAAUAGGCCUAAAUUUGACGGAACAAUGACCAUCUAUCUACUUAGAUGAGCUUUAUCACUCUCAUGCUGAAGGAGGCGACAAUGUCUACAUUUACAAAACGCCCGUUCUCAGUCCGGAAAUGUUCACGGGGACGCGGUCAAGAACCAUAAGCGUGUUACACAUUGAAAACGAUCAUGUAGUAAUCGAAGAAUUUCUCAGCAUUCUGCUUGAUUGCAGACAUCUUCAAUGAUAAAGCUAGCUAUAUUUUUGAUAUACUGAAUAGAAAGGGAAUAACAUACAAUGUUAGGUCGAUGUGCCGUAAUAUUUCUUCGAAUCUACCUAAGGUGUAGAGCACUUAGGGUGUCGCAUGCACGUGCCCGCGCGAUGAGCGAUUGAUAAGAUGCUUAUCAUCUUUGACGUCAGAGAAAACGGUACAACCAACUCCACCAUUGGACCAGCGCCAUUAGGAAUCGAACCCAAUAUCAGUUAAAUACACACUCUUGGCACAGUCA